CUACCUAGGUAGGUACCUACAUAUGUACCUAGCUGGUCGCAGCCACAUUCCCCAACCUAGCACAAUGAUUUGAAGCCACAUGCAGAUGCAGGCACAUAGGUACAUGAAUUUAAGUUCAAUGAUGUCUUCUAAAUUAAUGGGCAGCAUCUAAGGUUUGUUUCAAUCGUACAUGACUAUUGUGCUUUUACUUAAUGGAGUUAGACUUUCUUACCAGGUACAACAUAUGACGAGAGCUGAUAGAAGCCAAAUAAUUUCGAAUGACCACCGGUGUUUCCUAGGUGGUAUUUAUACCUUGGGCUGACAUCUCAGUUGAGAAGCUAUCGUAGGAAACAAUACGGAACAUCACCGGGACUUUCGUAUCUGGUCUUAAUAGAUCGAUAUGUACAUUAAUCUAGGUUACUCGGUUUCUAGAACCGAAGAGCCUCCAUUUUGUACCACUACUACCUAACAUUAUAGAAGGCAAAUUCUAAGAAUCCCUACCAAGGGUUAAGUAGAUCUUCACACUGAGUCUUGUCAUGAUGUCAUUCUUCAUCAUCCCCCUUAUGGCAUCACAGUUAUGACUGUUUUAAUCGGCUGCUAUUGUCUUAAGUCAUUGAAUGUUUUUAUACAAAAGCUUACUUCUCUCUAUUUUAUCCUAAGUUGUAUCAAUAUUCAAGAAAGUACCUAUUCAUUAUUAUUAAGAUUACAGUUAUUCACAAUGGUAGCUAUUCGUAUUAGCAGCUCUUUAAAUGCCUUAAGGGCUACCCGGACACGCGCUCCUCGAGCUUGCCGUACCUUUUCAGCAAGUUCCCGUUACUUUUCACCAGGUUAUGGCGAUGGAGAAGGAGACCCGGUUGGACAGGACCCUCAGAACCAGCCAGCGUCAAGUGAUGCGCAGCAAUUAUCAGAACACCCUGGCCCAAGCCCACCGGACGUGGGUAAGGGAACAGGAGGUGGUCCUACGAAGGCCGCCUUGUCAGAUAGUAUGAAAAAUGCUGCUGCUCGCGAGUCCGGACAGAAGUCCCCCGAGGACGCCAGCGCGCAGUCUGGGGGUUCUAGGUCCAAAGAGGCUACCGAAACGGGAGGAAGUCCCACUGGCGGGAGUAUUGCCAACGCGGCGAGCCAGAAUGGAGGUGAGGCAUUGAAGGGUCCUCAGGGCAAGGGCACACCCAGUCCCAAGAUCUAUAACCAGGCGGUGCCCGGCGUCAAGGAAGGCCUGAGUGACGAGCAAAAACAGGAAGUCGAAAGACAUAACCAGGACUUCGAAAAGCGUCACGACCGGGCGGCACCCGCCUCAGAUGACAAGGUCGACCCUAAGUUUUGGAAAGGGACGUGAGUAAUGCGUGCGGCUGUUCUGCAUUAUUGUCGUUGAUGUUGUUUGCUGCUGCGUCUCGAUAUAUUAUGGUAUACUGAUUUGUAAUGGGCAUAGCGGCGGUCGUGAACGGGGAGAGGGGAAAGGAGGAAAUGGAUUGGAUUGGAAUGCUUAGGUGAAUGAAUUGUGUUGUAUCUGCUUAGGAGGGAGGCAUUCUGAUGUGAUGUUUGAGGUGUACGAAACGUGCCUUUUAUAUUCCGUACAGAUUAAAUUAUUGUUGAAGUUUAUUGCCAUAAAUAUCAUAUCUAGAUACUGAAGUUGUACCAUCGAACUCAUCCAACGUAAAUAAGCGAAGUAGUAACUAGGUAGUUUGCAGUUCACGAUAAUAGAAAUAUAGGUAUAUGCUGAUUUGGAAGAAUAGAAAUUAC